UAAUAUGAAAAACCUAAACCUCAGCAAGCAUAAAAGAUAGCAAUAGAAAAUCAAAAUCCCUCAAAUCUCCGAAACCAAAUUGGAUUUGUGUUGUGUUGUAGGAGUAUUAGGUAGAUGCUUCUUCUCAAGGUUCAAACUCUCACAUGUCUUCUUCAAUCUUCGCUCGCCUCCCUCUCACCUCUCAAAAUAAAUUCCCUCAUAAAUCCUUAAUUCUUUUCAGCAAGCGCUUUCUUCUUUAUUUCACAUUCCGGAAUCUGUAUCCCAACUUUUGCUAGAUUCCUGGAUUACGUUCUAACAUGACUGAUCCUUCCAAGGUGUUGCUUUUUGGAUCCUUUUCUGAGGAUGAAACCCGUUCUUUACUGAAUCAAAAACCUUUUAAUAACCAUAAGCCUGAAGAAAGGAAAGAAACGUCAGCCAAUCCCCUAAAUGUUGGAUUGAUGUUUGGUAGCUUUGGCAAUAUACCUGACACACAGGUUGGUUUUUCCAGUGGAGCUGGAGAUACACACUGCUAUACAAUCCAGAAGGGAAACCAGCACUCUGUACAGCAAUCUAUUCCGUCAGAGAAUGGGAAUGUUAAAAAUACUACGCACCAUCUUCAUGGAAAUGAAGUAGUUGAUGGCAGUAACUUUCGAGCUUUACAAGUAUCAGAUGAUGACGAGAUGGAUGGAAAAGUUAUCUCUAAAAUUGAGAGUUAUAAAGGUUUAAAGUUGAAUGGUUCCAUAAAUGCUGCUGCUGUUGAAACUCAUGACAAAGAGUCUCGUCUAAAGAUGGAUGCUUCUGUUUUAGAUGCUCAGGGUAUAACACCUCGAGGCUUGAUCAACCCUGGGAAUCUGUGUUUUCUGAAUGCAACGUUGCAAGCUCUUUUGGCUUGUUUUCCAUUUGUUCAACUUUUACUGCAACUAAAAAAGCUGAACAUCCCAAAGGUUGGCUAUCCAACAUUAAAUGCCUUUGCUGAGUUCAUUGGUGAAUUUGACAUGGUUGGUGGAGCUAAUAUCAAGAAGAAAGAUAGCAUUGAGAUUGAAGCUGGCAGGCCUUUUAACCCAACUAUGUUCGAAGUGGUAUUGAGAAAAUUUACCCCUGAUGUAUCUUGGAGCACAUCAGGAAGGCCUAGGCAAGAGGAUGCACAAGAGUUUUUGAGCUUUGUUAUGGAUCAAAUUCAUGAUGAAUUGCUGAAGCUUGGAGGGAAGUCUCACUUGAAUGGAAGGAAUCAAACUCUGGUUUCCAAAUCGGAAGAUGAAGAGUGGGAGACAGUUGGACAAAAGAAUAAAUCUGCAGUGAUAAGAAGACAGAGUUUCUUUCCUUCAGAGCUCAGUUCAAUUUUUGGUGGAGAGCUGCAGAGUACUGUGAAGGCAAAAGGCAACAGGCCUUCUGCCACAGUUGAGCCAUUUUUUCUACUUCAUCUCGAUAUCUCUGGUGAAGUUAUUCGAACUAUUGAAGAUGCUCUUCGUUUACUUUCUACCCCAGAAACACUUGAUGAGUACCGGGCAUCAAGAGCAGGAAAAGUUGGGGUCGUUGCUGCCAGAAAGUCUAUCAACAUACAAACACUUCCAAAGAUUAUGAUCCUACAUCUGAAGCGUUUCAGCUAUGGCAGCUAUGGUAGCACUAAAUUGCACAAGGAUGUACAUUUCCCUCUUGAACUUUCAUUGAGCCGUGAUCUGCUUGUUUCCCCUAAUGUGGAGGGACGGAGGUAUGAACUUGUUGCCACAGUAACACAUCAUGGGAGGGAAGCAUCGAAAGGCCACUAUACUGCUGAUGUCCGUUGCCCUAAUGGCCAGUGGCUGCGUUUUGAUGAUUCAUCUCUUACUACCAUCAGCACGAGCAAAGUUUUACACAACCAGGCCUAUGUUCUCUUCUACAAGCAAAUAUAGAAUCAAUGGGAGCACUCUCGACUAUCAGAGAAUGUUGGUUACUUAUAUUUACACACAUCCAAAUCAGUAAGUACUCCUGUCAUCGUUUAGAGGUGGGUAAUGGGUGUAUCUCGUAUAAGCUGCCAACGUUCACUCUUGAGAGGCGAUGCUGGUUACUUCUAAUGCAGCUACGGAUGAUGUAAGAAAGUUUUGUUGUUCGUUUAGUUUGAGUUUCUUUUUAAUGUUUUUGCGUCGAGAAACACUUGGUUGGUGUGAUGAAUGACCUGACCGUGUAGAGGGAGAUAGAGAGAUAGGGAGAGAUUUAUUUGUACGUUUUAGAAAUGACUGCAACGUGCAUAAACCUUUUGAGUUAUGGAGCUUAAACCUCUAUGAUACAUUGCUUGAUGUUUCUACUAGUAAUUAUUCCUGUUUGAAA